GACCUCUCAGCCAACAUGAACCUUUUCUGCUUCUCGCUGGAGGGGUCCAUGGACAGCCUGUAUGAGGCGGUGCAGAGCUCAAGUGAUGGCCCACCGCCGCCUAUCCCCAGCCGCUCCUCCAGCCGCACAUGCAGCCGAUCCUGCAGCCGCUCCUGCAGCCCAGCGGUCCUGCUGGAUGACAGCACAAAGUGGCGAGGCUCUGGGAGAUCUAUUUCUAUGGAGAUGCCUCCGGUGCCGGGGACCAACUCUAAUAAAAAGAAAAGAAGAACACACAUAUCCAAAUCUGCAUCAGACAAUGAAACGCUUGAUAACCCCGACUGUAAUACUACAGUUUGGCAGCCCGCCAAGAGCCGAGAAGAUUUAGUCCACAUCGCCAACAAUCACAAUGAAGAGAUGAGGAAGACAAAACACAGAACAGAAACCAAAGAAGGGAAAGGAGCUCAUCAUUGCGGCACAAAGAAAAAGGAGAAACCACACGCAAACCAGAAUGUCCAUGUUAACGGGGUGGCGACAGAGUCCAAGCCUGCUGUAAAAAGGAACCAAAAAACUGGGAAGAAACCAGGUGGAAAGAGUGGGAAGGAGGGGUCAAAGAAAAGUCACAACUCCACAGUGCACCCCCCAUCAUGCGCUAUGAGCCCACCCAUGGGACCCCACUAUCUGGAUGUGCCAUACAGGUCAGACAGGAGACCUUACCUGGGCAAAGCCUCCACCCUCCCUGCUCAGGAGAACACAACCCCGGGCCGAUUCACAGAUGUAGCCACACUCCCUGGUGGAGCGACGCCCACCCACACCCACCACCAGCGCUGGAGCAACCCAGGUGACAGCAGUCCCGCCUGGGGGAACAUCCAGCACACCUGCCGCAGGCCACUCACAGAGUAUCGCGCAUACUCCCAUGACUUCAGCACGUCCCCUGCGAAGGAGUGGGAGGGGAGACAGCAGCAGGUGCCGGCCCCCAAUGACCACUUGACAAAGGACUGUAAACCCCAGAUUCCCCCAAAGGUGCCGCGAUCUAUCACAGACGUGGAUCUAUCAGAACCAAACAUAACCUUAAAACAGGAAAAAAUGCUACAGCGAGCGGCAUCCAAUGUGUCAGACAAAACAAAGAGCAUGAAGCCAAAGCGCUCUACCAGCUUCGGCAGGUUUGAGGGUCUCAGACAUCACUCGUCUCCAGCCAAACCAGAGGAGAAUGGAACAACUAUGCUCACAGAAGAAUGUGAGACUUUGGACCCACAUAAAUCAGCUGGACUUGGGAAGAAGAUGAAGGCGAUCUCACUGACCAUGCGCAGAAAAAUGGGCAAAAAACAUGCAAAGUCUUUUUCUGAGGAGACGGGUGAUGACACAGACAAAGACCCAGAGGCAGAGACAGAGAGCAGCCCACAAACUGAGAAAACCCCUGCAAAGUCAAGCAACUCCUUAGAGAGUCUUUACAGUGGCCAGAGCUCCUCUAGUUCAGGUGGUGUGACAAGUGAGUCUAAUGGUUCAGGUCAGCGAGACAGUCUGAGGCUGGAGGAGGACGGCUCCUAUCAGGGACAGUUCUGCGGCAGAGCUCGCGUCCACACAGACUUUGUUCCCAGCCCGUAUGACACAGAUUCCCUCAAACUCAAGGUUGGCGACAUCAUCAACAUCAUCAGUAAGCCUCCAAUGGGCAUCUGGACAGGCUUGCUAAACAACAAAGUCGGCAACUUCAAGUUCAUCUAUGUAGAUGUUUUGGUGGAGAAAGAGGAAGAAGAGGAAGCACCUAAAAUUAGACAACAGAAGCUGUGCAAGAGACCUCGACCUAAAACACUGCUGGAGUUACUGGAGCGACUGAACCUCGAGGAGUACGCCUCUGCCUUGCUGCUAAAUGGCUACCAAACGGUGGAGGACCUGUUGCACCUGCAAGAGAAACACCUGAUAGAGCUGAACGUCAAAGACCCCGAGCACAGACGCAAACUUCUCACUGCUGCUGAAUACCGCUACACAGAAGGUGAUGAUGUCAAGGAUGCGGAGGAGCACAAAUCCUCCCACAGUCUACAGGAAGAAGACAGCGACUGUCCCAGAGACUCGGGCUGCUUCAUCCCAUCCGAAUGUUCAGACAGCAAAGACGACGUAGAGCAGAUCACAGAUGCUGUGGACUCAUAACGUGAUCACCUGUCAGAUGGAUACUUUGACGUUUGGAAUUCAGUGUUGGGUUUUUUUCUUAUGACUUGUUGUUUCUACAAUUAUUCCUUUUAUUUUUUCAAAAUGUCAUGUGGAUAUCCCUUGUUACAACAAGCUAGUAAAAGCUUUUUAAAAGUGUAAUAGGAAGAACAACCACUAUUCUGAAUGUCAUCUUAUCCAUGUGUCACUUCAUCAAAAUAAUAAUCACGUUGUAACUUUUGAGUUUAUUUUAUGUUGUUGAAAAAGUGACAUUUCAUUGAUUAAAUGUCACGUGUAUUUAUUGCAUUCUCAAUCAUUUAGUGUUUUUCUCUCCAAUAUAAAGCCUUUAUUUAUCACAUCUGCGUAAUUUUCACCUGUCUCAUCAAAUCUAUUCUCAAUUCAACAUCCAGUGUAUUUUUUUUCUUUCCCUGUAAAUGAAGUGAUGUUGAGGGGAUGUUUUGGAGAUGUAGUGUCUGGAUUUGAACAGCACAUUUUCAGAUCUUGCCUAUAUAAUGUAUACUGUACAGGAAAACAUGUAUGUUAUUUUCUGAAUGUUUGUUUGUGAAUGAGUGUAUGUGUGUGUGUGAGAGAGAGUCUGCGAGUGAACUCAUGCAAAAGUCAGCAUUCAACUGUUUUGAGAACUUUUUGUAAAUAAAAUUAAAGAAAACCAAUUAAAAUAUGA